UACACAAAAAUAAUGAAAAAUCUGCACAAAAGCACGCAACCGUGAUCCCCAUCUCCCCCGUCCCUAUUUCUCUCGUGCUUCCCUCUCCUCCGCCUCUCUCCGUCGUACUACCCAGUCGCCGGCCGCUCCUCUCCCUGCGAAUUUCCUUUCCGGUCACACCCGGAUCCGCCGGUUGCAAUUCCGCAACAUGGACUAAGUUCAAGAGAAAUUGUUCCGUAUGCCCAUUUUGAUUGUCUGCGAUCUCCGGUCUGCAGACAAAUUUGGCCAUGGAGGAGUCUCAACUGAAAGUACUGUACGAAACCCGUCGUCACGCUUCAAGACCGUUCCGUUCCAACUAUCCUCCUCACCAGGCAAACGAGGGUGCUAAAGGGAGCUUCCUCUCUUUGUUUCGCAUUGGAGGCAGACUCAAGGAUAAAUGGAUUGGUUAUAACCAACCGCAUAGAGUAGGAAGAUCGGUAUCGUUAUUUAUUUCUCCAAGUGGGGAACAUGUGGCGGUGGCUGCAGGAAAUCAGAUAACGAUAUUGCGGAAGGAAGAUGACUACUUGGACCCAUUUGGCAUUUUUUUGGAAACCAAUGUUGCUUCAUUCACUGUGGGAGCUUGGUCCGAAAGUUGCAAUGUUCUUGGAGUCAUUGAUGAUACCGAUACAAUUUAUUUUAUCAAAUCAAACGGUGAAGAAAUAUCAAGAGUUACAGGGAGGCGAUUAAAAGUUUCUCUGCCUAUAUUAGGCCUGAUUGCAAAGGAGGAUUCUGAUAUUCAAAGAUCUUACUUGUGUACCUUCUUCAUUGUUGCAUCAGAUGGUUCUAUUCGGCAAAUGGAGAUCAGUAAAGAGCCAACAUUAUCUUUUCCCCCUGCACACUCAAACAGUGGAUUGACUACAAAGAGCCAAUUUCCAAACAGGGUUUUCUGCUUUGAUUAUUAUCCUGAGCUUUCUUUGUUCCUCAUCGUUGGUAAUUUUAGCACCUCUAUACCUUCAAGGAGAAACUCUGGAUCCUGUUAUCUUUCUCUUUGGCGUAGUGGGAUAUUUGAAUUAGAGCUGUUAUAUUCUAUUCAGUUUGACGGUUUAUACUCUAUACCAAAAGGAUAUGAAGGUCAAACAUCACAUUCAAAGCUGCAAGUUUCACCGAAGGCACAAUUCAUUGCAACUCUAGAUGUGACAGGACAAUUGUACAUUUUUAAUCUACAUAGGGAACACUUUACCAUUUCAAGCUUUUCUUUUCCAGAGAAAUACAAAUCUCAGGCGACAGAUAAGACAUUAAAUGGAACAAAUAGGAUGCUAAAUGACAUUUUGGAUUUUACAUGGUGGUCUGAUCAUAUACUUACAAUUGCAAAGACAAGUGGUCUUGUUGCUAUGAUUGACAUCCUCAGCGGUAUAGAAGUUCAGGAGGACAGUCCUAUUUAUUCCAGGCCUAUCAUAGAAAGGGUACAGCAGUUAGAAGGCCAAAAUUUUCUUUUAGAGUGUUUAGAAAAUAAAGGGAUGUCAGAUCCAGCUAAAUAUAAGGAACAUGGUGACUUGCAUGACAUGGAUCAGAGGAUGGAAGAGUCAAUUAAUAAUUUUGACAUCUCUCGGUUGGAGUGGAGCUUGCUAUCAUUCACACAGAGAUCUGUUUUGGAAAUGUACAAUAUCUUAAUUAGAAAUCAGAAGUAUCAAGAUGCCUUAAUCUUUGCUGAUUCUUAUGGCUUGGAUAAAGAUGAAAUUCUGAAGUCACAGUGGCUGCAUUCUGAUCAAGGAAUUAAUGAAAUGAAUGCAUAUCUGUCAAAGAUAAAGGAUCAGGUUUUCAUCCUUUCUGAAUGUAUUGAAAAAGUUGGACCAGCAGAAGAUAUUGUAAAGGCAAUGCUUGAUUAUGGACUGAAACUGACCAACCAUUACCAAUUUCUUGAAGUAGAAGAUCUUGAAAGCAAUGAAAUGUGGAGUUUCCGCCUGGCUAGACUCCGAUUAUUGCAAUUUAAGGACAGACUGGAAACAUAUCUUGGCAUAAAUAUGGGCAGGUUUUCUGUGCAGGAAUAUAGUAGCUUCCGUAUGAAGCCUAUCAAGGAAGCUGCUAUCAAUCUUGCAAAAAAUGGAAAAAUUGGGGCCUUAAACCUCUUGUUCAAGCGCCACGCAUAUUCUAUGAGUCCUUUCUUGUUAGAAAUUUUAUCUGCUAUUCCUGAAACAGUUCCUGUGCAGACUUAUUUGCAGCUUCUUCCUGGAAGGUCUCCUCCUACUAGCAUUGCAGUGAGGGAAGAGGACUGGGUUGAAUGUCAAAAUAUGUUGAACUUUAUAAUGAAAUUACCUGAAAAUCAUGAGCUUAGUUCACAGAUUAGGACUGAACCUAUUGUCAAGAAAUAUCUGGGACUUAUCUGGCCUUCAAUUAGUGAACUUGCAAUGUGGUUCAUGAAAAGAGCUAGAGACAUUGAUACUUUGAGUGGCCAGCUUGACAAUUGUCUCUGCUUGCUUGAUUGUGCUAAUCGGAAAGGUAUUCAUGAAUUACAAGAAUUUUAUGAGGAUGUCAGUUACUUGCACCAGCUGAUUUAUUCGGAAGGAAGCGAUGAAAAUAUCUGCACUAAUCUUGUUUCUUGGGAGCAGUUGUCUUCAUAUGAUAAAUUUAAGUUGAUGCUGAAGGGUACAAAUGAGGAAAGUGUAAUCCGAAGGUUAGUUGAAAAAGCAGUUCCGUUCAUGAGAAAAAGAUCAGCUGAUAUGGCCUCAGUUCCUAAAGGUCAACAAGAAGAAUCUAAUUUUUUGGGUAACCAUGAUAUGACUGAGUCAUUUCUAGUUAAAUGGAUGAAGGAAAUAGCUUCGGAGAAUAAGUUGGAGAUAUGCCAAUUGGUUUUUGAAGAAGGGUGCAGAGACUUUGAAACUAGUGAGUUUUUUAGAAAUGAGGUCGAAGCCAUUGACUGUGCAUUGCAGUGCAUAUAUUUAUCUACUGUAACUGAUAGAUGGAGUACCAUGGCAAGCAUUUUGUCAAAACUACCUCAAAUGCAAGACACCAAAUCCUAUGAUGAUCUGAAAAGAAGACUCAAGCUGGCAGAAGGCCACGUUGAAGCAGGAAGGCUUUUGUCAUUUUACCAGGUGCCAAAGCCUAUGCAUUUUUUCGUAGAAGCUAAUGAUGAUGGUAAAGGUGUAAAACAAAUUAUGCGCCUUAUACUGUCAAAGUUUAUUCGUCGACAAUCCAGUCGGUCGGACAAUGAUUGGGCGAAUAUGUGGCGUGACAUGCUGUGUCUGAGGGAGAAGGCAUUUCCCUUUCUGGACCUGGAGUAUAUGCUGAUAGAAUUUUGCCGAGGAUUGCUAAAAGCUGGGAAAUUUUUGCUUGCAAGGAACUACUUAAAGGGUACCAGCUCAGUCUCUUUGGCAGCAGAGAAGGCUGAAAACCUUGUCAUUCAAGCUGCUAGAGAGUAUUUUUUCUCUGCUUCAAGUCUUAAUGGUCCAGAAGUCUGGAAGGCAAAGGAGUGUCUCAACAUAUUUCCAAGCAGUAGAAAUGUCAAAGCGGAGGUUGAUAUUAUUGAUGCUCUGACAGAAUUACUACCAAGCCUUGGAGUGACUCUUCUGCCCGUGCAGUUCAGACAAAUAAAAGAUCCAAUGGAGAUAAUAAAAAUGGCAAUUUCAAGUCAGACUGGAGCUUAUAUACAUGUUGAUGAACUCAUUCAGGUUGGCAAGCUUCUCGGAUUGAGCUCUACAACAGAGAUAUCAGCAGUUGAAGAAGCUAUAGCUAGAGAAGCUGCAGUUGCUGGUGAUCUGCAAUUGGCAUUUGAUCUCUGCCUUAGUUUAACAAAGAAAGGGCAUGGCUCCGUUUGGGAUUUGUGUGCUGCAAUAGCAAGAGGUCCUUCCCUUGAGAAUAUGGAUAUUAAUUCUCGAAAGCAUCUACUAGGUUUUGCUUUGAGCCAUUGUGAUGAGGAAUCAAUUUCUGAACUCCUCCAUGCAUGGAAAGAACUUGAUAUGCAAGGGCAAUGCUCAAAAUUAAUGAUGAUGGCUGGAUCAGAUUGUUCAAAUCCUCCAGUACAAAAUUAUUUGCUCUCACUUCAAGGAAACAAUAUUCAAAAUAUUGGUGAAUUCAAAGAUUGCUUUGAAUUAGUUGAUGAUCAAGAAUCUUUUCUAGAUAGUACAUUGAAUAGGCUACUUUUUGUUGCAAAAGAACUACCUAUUGAAAAUAGGACUAAAUUGGAUACCUUUCUGAGAGAGAACGGAAAGAUUUUGUCAUUUGCUUAUUUGCAACUCCCGUGGUUGCUUGAAUUGAGUAAGAGUGCAGAAAUUAAGAAACUGGGUGCAGGAACAGAAUACUCGAGUAUGAAAACACAAGCUAUUGUUACUAUUUUGUCAUGGUUAGCUAGGAAUGGGUUCGUUCCUAAAGACAGCUUGAUCACCUCUCUUGCAAAAUCAGUUAUUGAAUGUCCUACCAAGGAGGCAGACUUAACUUGCUGUAUACUGUUGUUGAAUCUCGUGGAUGCCUUCAAUGGGGUUGAAGUUUUUGAAGAGCAAUUAAGGACGAGGGAAGACUACCAAAAAGCCAGUAGUAUAAUGACUGUGGGAAUGACAUAUUGUUUGUUGCACGACUCUGGAGUUGAGUGCGAUAGUCCAACCCAAAGGAGGCAGCUGCUUCUUGAAAAGUUUAAAGAAAAGAACACUUUUAACUCUGAUCAAAGUAGAAAAAGUAAUGAAGUGGAAUCAACAUUUUGGCGGGAGUGGAAACUGAAGCUAGAAGAACAAAAACGUGUAGCUGAUCAUUCUAGAACGUUGGAGAAUAUUAUUCCUGGCGUUGAAACAUCACGGUUUUUAUCUGGAGACCGUUAUUACAUUGAGAGCGUCGUUCUGUCCUUAAUUGAAUCAGUAAAUUUGGAGAAGAAACAUAUUUUGAAGGACAUUCUUAAUCUAGCUAAUACCUAUGGCAUGAAUCGCACUGAGGUGCUACUGAAAUAUCUAAGUUCCAUCCUUGUUUCAGAGGUUUGGAACAAUGAGGAUAUUAUGGUUGAAAUCUCAGAAUUCAGAGAGGAGCUUAUUGGUUGUGCUGCAGAAACCAUUGAAACUAUUUCCACAGUUGUGUACCCAUCUAUUGCUGGGACUGAUAAGUUGCGGCUACACUGUAUAUAUGGUUUGCUCGCUGACUGCUACUUGAAGCUGGAAAAAGGUGAAUGGUUACCACAGAAGGCACAUCAUGAUGAAGCCUCCAGCUUGGGUUUGGCUCAUUUCUAUAAAAUUGUCGAGCAAGAAUGCAGACGAGUCGCCAUGAUAAAGAAUCUCAAUUUCAAAAAUAUUGCUGGAUUGAGUGGGCUGAAUUUCGAACGCUUCAGCGCUGAAAUCUACUUGCACAUUGAUGAUGGUAAUAUAGAAGUUUUGGCACAAAUGGUGGAGACCCUGGCUGGUAUCUAUUCUGAUCCGGAGCUGGAAGGUCUUAUAUGUUCCCAGGACAUUUAUAAGCACUACAUCCUGAAACUAUUAACAACCUUGGAGACUAGAAUAAACAUAGAUUUCAAGAAUGGAAGCCCUGAGAAUUUUCAGGCUUUUGUUAGUCAACUUGAGCACAGUUAUGAUUUGAGCUCUACUUAUCUUAGAUUGUUGUCUCAUUCAGAUGCUUUGGAUGUUAUGAAGCGGUAUUUCACUGUAAUUUUACCCCUAUAUAGCAACUACGGAGAUAUACCUGAUAACUCGGCAUGGCAGGAGUGCCUCAUCAUCCUUCUAAACUUUUAUAUUAGAUUGCUGGACGAAAUGGGAAAAACUGAAACCAGAGGUGAAUUUUUGAAAUCUAAUGCUGAAUGUUUAAAGAGUUGUCUAAAGGUUCUUAUUAGAUUGGUUAUAGAGGAUAGUGUCUCACCAAGUGAGGGUUGGAACACCAUUGUAAGCUAUGCUACAUGUGGUUUAGUAGAUGAUUCAGCUUUUGAAGCUUUUGUUUUCUGCAGAGCGAUGGUUUUCUCUCGCUGUGGUUUUGGAGCUGUAGAACAGGUGUUGUCUGAGUCAGUUUCACUAUAUCCCACUGCUUUCGCUUAUGGAACUGAGACUGGGGUCCAGGAUAUUUCUUGUGUAUACCUGCAAAUAUUGGAGCCUGUUCUACUCGACUUGGUUAAUUACUCCCAUGAGCACCAGAAUCUGCACUAUCUAUUAUCCUCACUCAGUAGAUUAGAAGGUAAUCUGGAGAAUUUAAGAAGUACCAGAGGCAAGGUUUGGGAAAAAAUGGUGGAGUUCUCCGAUAAUCUGCAAUUACCAAGCUCUGUCCGUGUCUAUGUGUUAGAGCUUAUGCAGUAUAUUACAGGCAGAAAUAUCAAAGGUCUCUCGUCUGAUUUACAGUAUAAUGUUUUACCUUGGGAAGGUUGGGACCAGUUCCAGUAUACAACCAAGGAGAGCGACCUAACAAGUAUUCCAACAACAUUAGACGACAAAGAUACUUCUAGCAGGUUUACAAGUACUUUAGUUGCCUUGAAGUCAACUCAGCUUGCAGCAACAAUCUCACCUAGCUUAGAAGUUACAACUGAUGAUCUUUUGAGCAUUGAGACUACAGUUUCUUGCUUCAUGGAAUUGUGUGCAGUUGCAACUACGGAUGUCCAUGCGGAUAGUUUGCUGGCCAUUUUGGCAGAAUGGGAAGGACUUUUCCUGAUUGAGAGAGAUGAAACUCAAGCCUCUGUAGCAGCCAGUGGAGGAAUUGACUGGAGUGCAGAUGGUUGGGAUGAAGGGUGGGAAAAUUUUCAGGAAGUGGAACCGGCAGCGAGUAAAGGGAGCGAGACUACCCCUGCCCCUACACUUCACCCUCUACAUGUUUGUUGGACUGAAAUUUUCAAAAAACUCAUUUCACUUUCUCGGCCUAAGGAUGUGUUGAGAUUGAUUGAUGAAUCGCUUUCGAAAUCUUGUGGAAUGUUGCUUGAUGAAGAUGAUGCCAAAACCCUGAGCCACAUUUUGGUCGAUAAAGAUUGUUUUUUUGCUUUGAAAUUGGCGGCUUUGUUACCUUAUGAAGCAUUAAGAUUGCAUAGUCUGAAUGCGGUUGAAAGCAAAUUGAAACUAGACGGAAUCUCAGAUGAAUUGGGCGGAGACCUUGAAUUUUUAUUGCUUAUAUUAUCCUCCGGAAUUGUAUCAACCAUUCUCACCAAUGCUUCUUAUGAUAACACUUUCUCCUAUCUCUGUUAUCUGGUGGGAAAUUUUUCACGUCACUUUCAAGAUGACCAAUUAACAUGCAUCAAACAGAAAGGGUGGAAUGUAAGUAAUAAAAAUAGGAGAGAGUUGCUUAUUUUUAAGAAGAUUGGCUUCCCCAUCUUCAUAUCAGAGCUCGUAAAGGCUGAUCAGCCUGUUCUUGCUGCAUUUAUGGUGACGAAAUUUAUGUACACUGUUCGUCUUGUUAACGUGGCAGAGGCCAGUCUUCGUACAUAUUUGAAAAGGGAGCUCCUCCACACGGUACAGAAUGAUGAAUCUGGUGACAUGGAGGAUUUGGUACCUGAAAUUUUGAGGAACGCUGUUUCCAGGUUGAGAGAGAAGCUGGGAAGCCUAAUCGAAACCGUAUUGUUGUCGCUAUCUCAAAAUUGAGACGAUUUCUGUAAGAAGUAUUCCUUAAGAGUAAAGCAAUACAGAUUGGGAUUGAAGCCAAAUGUUUGUUUUAACUUCACUGUCAGUUUGCCAUUUGAGCGUAUUACGUUGCUAUUUAGUUGAACAAAGUGAGUUAUAUUGUAUUUUAGGCAUUUGGUUUCCAACUACACACAAAAAUAAAAAAGGUGAUAUGGAGGUUAAAAUUUGUGCUGACAA